AUGCAGUCGGCAGUGCACCCGGACGGCGGCGGAAUCGUCGUCGUGCCCGGGACCGGGCCUACCGUCGUCAGGGUCGUAAUGCCACCAGCAGGAACGGUAACGAUAAUGCUUGUUACGCAGUUGGAUGUGCAUCCAGGCGGCGGUACCAUCGUGCUUGUACCCGCUACCGGUCCCGUGGUCGUCUGGGUCGUAAUGCUACCAGCAGGAACGGUAACGAUAAUGCUCGUUACGCAGUUGGAUGUGCAUCCAGGCGGCGGUGCUAUCGUACUCGUACCCGCUACCGGUCCCGUAGUCAUCUGGGUCGUAAAGCCGCCCGUAACAGUUACGAUUACGCUCGUUACACAGUCGGAAGUACACCCGGGCGGCGGCGGAAUCGUACUUGUACCUAGGACCGGGCCUACCGUCGUCUGGGUCGUAAUGCUACUAGCCGGAACGGUAACGAUAAUGCUCGUUACGCAGUUGGAUGUGCAUCCAGGCAGCGGUACUAUCGUGCUUGUGCCCGCUACCGGUCCCGUAGUCGUCUGGGUCGUAAUGCCACCAGCAGGAACGGUAACGAUAAUGCUCGUUAUGCAGUUGGAUGUGCAUCCAGGCGGCGGUACCAUCGUGCUCGUACCCGCUACCGGUCCCGUAGUCGUCUGGGUCGUAAAGCCGCCCGUAACAGUUACGAUUACGCUCGUUACACAGUCGGAAGUACACCCGGGCGGCGGCGGAAUCGUACUUGUACCUGGGACCGGGCCUACCGUCGUCUGGGUCGUAAUGCUACUAGCCGGAACGGUAACGAUAAUGCUCGUUACGCAGUUGGAUGUGCAUCCAGGCAGCGGUACCAUCGUGCUCGUGCCCGCUACCGGUCCCGUAGUCGUCUGGGUCGUAAUGCCACCAGCAGGAACGGUAACGAUAAUGCUCGUUACGCAGUUGGAUGUGCAUCCAGGCGGCGGUGCCAUCGUGCUCGUACCCGCUACCGGUCCCGUAGUCGUCUGGGUCAUAAAGCCACCCGUAACCGUCACGAUAACGCUCGUCACGCAGUCGGCAGUGCACCCGGACGGCGGCGGAAUCGUCGUCGUGCCCGGGACCGGGCCUACCGUCGUCUGGGUCGUAAUGCCACCAGCAGGAACGGUAACGAUAAUGCUUGUUACGCAGUUGGAUGUGCAUCCAGGCGGCGGUACCAUCGUGCUUGUACCCGCUACCGGUCCCGUAGUCGUCUGGGUCGUAAUGCCACCAGUAGGAACGGUAACGAUAAUGCUCGUUAUGCAGUUGGAUGUGCAUCCAGGCGGCGGUACCAUCGUGCUCGUACCCGCUACCGGUCCCGUAGUCGUCUGGGUCGUAAAGCCGCCCGUAACAGUUACGAUAACGCUCGUUAUACAGUCGGAAGUACACCCGGGCGGCGGCAGAAUCGUACUUGUACCUGGGACCGGGCCUACCGUCGUCUGGGUCGUAAUGCUACCAGCGGGAACGGUAACGAUAAUGCUCGUUACGCAGUUGGAUGUGCAUCCAGGCGGCGGUGCCAUCGUGCUCGUGCCCGCUAGCGGUCCCGUAGUCGUCUGGGUCGUAAUGCCACCAGCAGGAACGGUAACGAUAAUGCUCGUUACGCAGUUGGAUGUGCAUCCAGGCGGCGGUGCUAUCGUGCUCGUACCCGCUACCGGUCCCGUAGUCGUUUGGAUCAUAAACCCACCCGUAACCGUUACGAUAACGCUCGUUACGCAGUCGGCAGUGCACCCGGACGGCGGCGGAAUCGUCGUCGUGCCCGGGACCGGGCCUACCGUCGUCAGGGUCGUAAUGCCACCAGCAGGAACGGUAACGAUAAUGCUUGUUACGCAGUUGGAUGUGCAUCCAGGCGGCGGUGCCAUCGUGCUUGUACCCGCUACCGGUCCCGUGGUCGUCUGGGUCGUAAUGCCACUAGUAGGAACGGUGACGAUAAUGCUCGUUACGCAGUUGGAUGUGCAUCCAGGCGGCGGUGCCAUCGUGCUCGUACCCGCUACCGGUCCCGUAGUCGUCUGGGUCAUAAAGCCGCCCGUAACAGUUACGAUAACGCUCGUUACACAGUCGGAAGUACACCCGGGCGGCGGCGGAAUCGUACUUGUACCUAGGACCGGGCCUACCGUCGUCUGGGUCGUAAUGCUACUAGCCGGAACGGUAACGAUAAUGCUCGUUACGCAGUUGGAUGUGCAUCCAGGCAGCGGUACUAUCGUGCUUGUGCCCGCUACCGGUCCCGUAGUCGUCUGGGUCGUAAUGCCACCAGCAGGAACGGUAACGAUAAUGCUCGUUAUGCAGUUGGAUGUGCAUCCAGGCGGCGGUACCAUCGUGCUCGUACCCGCUACCGGUCCCGUAGUCGUCUGGGUCGUAAUGCCACCAGCAGGAACGGUAACAAUAAUGCUCGUUAUGCAGUUGGAUGUGCAUCCAGGCGGCGGUGCUAUCGUGCUCGUACCCGCUACCGGUCCCGUAGUCGUCUGGGUCGUAAAGCCGCCCGUAACAGUUACGAUUACGCUCGUUACACAGUCGGAAGUACACCCGGGCGGCGGCGGAAUCGUACUUGUACCUGGGACCGGGCCUACCGUCGUCUGGGUCGUAAUGCUACUAGCCGGAACGGUAACGAUAAUGCUCGUUACGCAGUUGGAUGUGCAUCCAGGCAGCGGUACCAUCGUGCUCGUGCCCGCUACCGGUCCCGUAGUCGUCUGGGUCGUAAUGCCACCAGCAGGAACGGUAACGAUAAUGCUCGUUACGCAGUUGGAUGUGCAUCCAGGCGGCGGUGCCAUCGUGCUCGUACCCGCUACCGGUCCCGUAGUCGUCUGGGUCAUAAAGCCACCCGUAACCGUCACGAUAACGCUCGUCACGCAGUCGGCAGUGCACCCGGACGGCGGCGGAAUCGUCGUCGUGCCCGGGACCGGGCCUACCGUCGUCUGGGUCGUAAUGCCACCAGCAGGAACGGUAACGAUAAUGCUUGUUACGCAGUUGGAUGUGCAUCCAGGCGGCGGUACCAUCGUGCUUGUACCCGCUACCGGUCCCGUAGUCGUCUGGGUCGUAAUGCCACCAGUAGGAACGGUAACGAUAAUGCUCGUUACGCAGUUGGAUGUGCAUCCAGGCGGCGGUGCCAUCGUGCUCGUACCCGCUACCGGUCCCGUAGUCGUCUGGGUCGUAAUGCCACCAGCAGGAACGGUAACGAUAAUGCUCGUUAUGCAGUUGGAUGUGCAUCCAGGCGGCGGUACCAUCGUGCUCGUACCCGCUACCGGUCCCGUAGUCGUCUGGGUCGUAAAGCCGCCCGUAACAGUUACGAUAACGCUCGUUACACAGUCGGAAGUACACCCGGGCGGCGGCGGAAUCGUACUUGUACCUGGGACCGGGCCUACCGUUGUCUGGGUCGUAAUGCCACCAGCGGGAACGGUAAUGAUAAUGCUCGUUACGCAGUUGGAUGUGCAUCCAGGCGGCGGUACUAUCGUGCUCGUGCCCGCUACCGGUCCCGUAGUCGUCUGGGUCGUAAUGCCACCAGCAGGAACGGUAACGAUAAUGCUCGUUACGCAGUUGGAUGUGCAUCCAGGCGGCGGUGCCAUCGUGCUCGUACCCGCUACCGGUCCCGUAGUCGUCUGGGUCAUAAAGCCACCCGUAACCGUCACGAUAACGCUCGUUACGCAGUCGGCAGUGCACCCGGACGGCGGCGGAAUCGUCGUCGUGCCCGGGACCGGGCCUACCGUCGUCUGGGUCGUAAUGCCACCAGCAGGAACGGUAACGAUAAUGCUUGUUACGCAGUUGGAUGUGCAUCCAGGCGGCGGUACCAUCGUGCUUGUACCCGCUACCGGUCCCGUAGUCGUCUGGGUCGUAAUGCCACCAGUAGGAACGGUAACGAUAAUGCUCGUUAUGCAGUUGGAUGUGCAUCCAGGCGGCGGUACCAUCGUGCUCGUACCCGCUACCGGUCCCGUAGUCGUCUGGGUCGUAAAGCCGCCCGUAACAGUUACGAUAACGCUCGUUAUACAGUCGGAAGUACACCCGGGCGGCGGCAGAAUCGUACUUGUACCUGGGACCGGGCCUACCGUCGUCUGGGUCGUAAUGCUACCAGCGGGAACGGUAACGAUAAUGCUCGUUACGCAGUUGGAUGUGCAUCCAGGCGGCGGUGCCAUCGUGCUCGUGCCCGCUAGCGGUCCCGUAGUCGUCUGGGUCGUAAUGCCACCAGCAGGAACGGUAACGAUAAUGCUCGUUACGCAGUUGGAUGUGCAUCCAGGCGGCGGUGCUAUCGUGCUCGUACCCGCUACCGGUCCCGUAGUCGUUUGGAUCAUAAACCCACCCGUAACCGUUACGAUAACGCUCGUUACGCAGUCGGCAGUGCACCCGGACGGCGGCGGAAUCGUCGUCGUGCCCGGGACCGGGCCUACCGUCGUCAGGGUCGUAAUGCCACCAGCAGGAACGGUAACGAUAAUGCUUGUUACGCAGUUGGAUGUGCAUCCAGGCGGCGGUGCCAUCGUGCUUGUACCCGCUACCGGUCCCGUGGUCGUCUGGGUCGUAAUGCCACUAGUAGGAACGGUGACGAUAAUGCUCGUUACGCAGUUGGAUGUGCAUCCAGGCGGCGGUGCCAUCGUGCUCGUACCCGCUACCGGUCCCGUAGUCGUCUGGGUCAUAAAGCCGCCCGUAACAGUUACGAUAACGCUCGUUACACAGUCGGAAGUACACCCGGGCGGCGGCGGAAUCGUACUUGUACCUGGGACCGGGCCUACCGUCAUCUGGGUCGUAAUGCCACCAGCCGGAACAGUAACGAUAAUGCUCGUUACGCAGUUGGAUGUGCAUCCAGGCGGCGGUGCCAUCGUACUCGUACCCGCUACCGGUCCCGUAGUCGUCUGGGUCGUAAAGCCGCCCGUAGCAGUUACGAUAACACUCGUUAUACAGUUGGAAGUACACCCGGGCGGUGGCGGAAUCGUAUUUGUACCUGGGACCGGGCCUACCGUCGUAUGGGUCGUAAUGCCACCAGCAGGAACGGUAACGAUAAUGCUCGUUACGCAGUUGGAUGUGCAUCCAGGCGGCGGUACCAUCGUGCUCGUGCCCGCUACCGGUCCCGUAGUCGUCUGGGUCGUAAUGCCACCAGCCGGAACGGUAACGAUAAUGCUCGUUACGCAGUUGGAUGUGCAUCCAGGCGGCGGUGCCAUCGUACUCGUACCCGCUACCGGUCCCGUAGUCGUCUGGGUCAUAAAGCCGCCCGUAACAGUUACGAUAACGCUCGUUACACAGUCGGAAGUACACCCGGGCGGCGGCGGAAUCGUACUUGUACCUGGGACCGGGCCUACCGUCAUCUGGGUCGUAAUGCCACCAGCAGGAACGGUUACGAUAAUGCUCGUUACGCAGUUGGAUGUGCAUCCAGGCGGCGGUGCUAUCGUACUCGUACCCGCUACCGGUCCCGUAGUCGUCUGGGUCGUAAAGCCGCCGGUAACUGUUACGAUAACGCUCGUUACACAGUCGGAAGUACACCCGGGCGGCGGCGGAAUCGUACUUAUACCUGGGACCGGGCCUACCGUCGUCUGGGUCGUAAUGCCACCAGCAGGAACGGUAACGAUAAUGCUCGUUACGCAGUUGGAUGUGCAUCCAGGCGGCGGUGCCAUCGUGCUCGUACCCGCUACCGGUCCCGUAGUCGUCUGGGUCAUAAAGUCGCCCGUAACAGUUACGAUAACGCUCGUUACACAGUCGGAAGUACACCCGGGCGGCGGCGGAAUCGUACUUGUACCUGGGACCGGGCCUACCGUCAUCUGGGUCGUAAUGCCACCAGCAGGAACGGUAACGAUAAUGCUUGUUACGCAGUUGGAUGUGCAUCCAGGCGGCGGUGCUAUCGUGCUCGUACCCGCUACCGGUCCCGUAGUCGUCUGGGUCAUAAAGCCGCCUGUAACAGUUACGAUAACGCUCGUUACACAGUCGGAAGUACACCCAGGCGGCGGCGGAAUCGUACUUGUACCUGGGACCGGGCCUACCGUCAUCUGGGUCGUAAUGCCACCAGCAGGAACGGUAACGAUAAUGCUUGUUACGCAGUUGGAUGUGCAUCCAGGCGGCGGUACCAUCGUGCUCGUACCCGCUACCGGUCCCGUAGUCGUCUGGGUCGUAAUGCUACCAGCAGGAACGGUAACAAUAAUGCUCGUUAUGCAGUUGGAUGUGCAUCCAGGCGGCGGUACCAUCGUGCUCGUACCCGCUACUGGUCCCGUAGUCGUCUGGGUCGUAAAGUCACCCGUAACCGUCACGAUAACGCUCGUCACGCAGUCGGCAGUGCACCCGGACGGCGGCGGAAUCGUCGUCGUGCCCGGGACCGGGCCUACCGUCGUCUGGGUCGUAAUGCCAACAGCAGGAAUGGUAACGACGAUACUAGUUACGCAAUUGGAGGUGCAGCCAGGCGGCGGCGGAAUCGUCGUCGUACCCGGAACCGGUCCCGUGGUCGUCUGGGUCGUAAUGCUACCAGCAGGAACGGUAACGAUAAUGCUCGUUACGCAGUUGGAUAUGCAUCCAGGCGGCGGCGCAAUCGUCGUCGUGCCUGCUACCGGUCCCGUAGUCGUCUGGGUUACAAUACCGCCCGUAACCGUUACGAUAAUGCUCGUUACGCAGUUGGAAGUGCACCCGGCCGGCGGCGCGAUCGUGCUCGUGCCCGCUACGGGUCCCGAAGUCGUGUGGGUUGUGAUGCUAAUAGCAGGAACGGUCACGAUGAUUCUCGUCACGCAGUUGGAUGUGCAUCCGGGCAGCGGCGCGAUCGUGCUCGUGCCCGCUACCGGUCCCGUAGUCGUCUGGGUUGUAAUACUACCUGCAGGAACGGUAACGAUAAUGCUCGUUAUGCAGUUGGAUGUGCAUCCAGGCGGCGGUGCCAUCGUGCUCGUACCCGCUACCGGUCCCGUAGUCGUCUGGGUCGUAAAGCCGCCCGUAACAGUUACGAUAACGCUCGUUACACAGUCGGAAGUACACCCAGGCGGCGGCGGAAUCGUACUUGUACCUGGGACUGGGCCUACCGUCGUCUGGGUCGUAAUGCCACCAGCAGGAACGGUAACGAUAAUACUCGUUAUGCAGUUGGAUGUGCAUCCAGGCGGCGGUGCUAUCGUGCUCGUACCCGCUACAGGUCCCGUAGUCGUCUGGGUCGUAAAGCCGCCCGUAACAGUUACGAUAGCGCUCGUUACACAGUCGGAAGUACAACCGGGCGGCGGCGGAAUCGUACUUGUACCCGGGACCGGGCCUACCGUCGUCUGGGUCGUAAUGCCACCAGCAGGAACGGUAAUGAUAAUGCUUGUUACGCAGUUGGAUGUGCAUCCAGGCGGCGGUACCAUCGUGCUCGUACCCGCUACCGGUCCCGUAGUCGUCUGGGUCGUAAAGCCGCCGGUAACAGUGACGAUAACGCUCGUCACGCAAUUGGAUGUGCAUCCAGGCGGUGGCGCGAUUGUGCUCGUGCCCGCUACCGGUCCCGUAGUCGUCUGGGUUGUAAUACUACCUGCAGGAACGGUAACGAUAAUGCUCGUUACGCAGUUGGAUGUGCAUCCAGGCGGCGGUAACAUCGUGCUCGUACCCGCUACCGGUCCCGUAGUCGUCUGGGUCGUAAAGCCGCCGGUAACAGUCACGAUAACGCUCGUCACGCAAUUGGAUGUGCAUCCAGGCGGCGGCGCCAUCGUACUCGUACCCGCUACCGGUCCCGUAGUCGUCUGGGUCAUAAAGCCGCCCGUAACAGUUACGAUAACGCUCGUCACACAGUCGGAAGUACACCCGGGCGGCGGCGGAAUCGUGCUCGUGCCCGCUACCGGUCCCGUGGUCGUCUGGGUCACGAUACCGCUCGUAACAGUUACGAUAACGCUCGUUACGCAGUCGGAAGUACAUCCAGGCGGCGGCGGAAUCGUACUUAUACCUGGGACCGGGCCUACCGUUGUCUGGGUCGUGAUGCCACCAGCAGGAACGGUAACGACGAUGCUCGUCACGCAAUUGGAUGUGCAGCCAGGCGGCGGCGGAAUCGUCGUCGUGCCUGCUACCGGUCCCGUGGUCGUCUGGGUCAUGAUGCCACCCGUAACCGUUAUGAUAACACUCGUUACGCAGUCGGAAUUGCAUCCGGGCGGCGGCGGGAUCGUCGUCGUGCCCGGUACCGGUCCUACCGUCGUCUGGGUCGUGAUGCCAGGAACGGUAACGACGAUGCUCGUUACGCAAUUGGAUGUGCAGCCAGGCGGCGGCGGAAUCGUCGUCGUACCCGCCACCGGUCCCGUAGUCGUCUGGGUUACAAUGCCGCCCGUAACCGUUACGAUAACGAUCGUUACGCAGUUGGAUGUGCAUCCAGGCGGCGGCGCGAUCGUGCUCGUGCCCGCUACCGGUCCCGAAGUCGUGUGGGUUGUGAUGCUAAUAGCAGGAACGGUCACGAUGAUGCUCGUUACGCAGUUGGAUGUGCAUCCGGCCAGCGGCGCGAUCGUGCUCGUGCCCGCUACCGGUCCCGUGGUCGUCUGGGUCGUAAUGCCACUAGCAGGAACGGUUACGAUAAUCCUUGUAGGGCAGUUACCGAUGCACCCGAAAGAUGGUGGAAUUGUACUUUACCGAUAG